UUUGAUCUAUCACUGCAAUUCUCCAUGGGAUCUAUCGAAAAGAAAGGUGGGAUCUUAGCUUGCUACAAUCUCUCUUUUGAUAUCAAGCUAUUGUUCUCCUCUAGGUUCACCUUUGGCGGGCAAUCGUUGCUCGAUCCCCAACGCCGGAGUAACCGCUGCCUAGAUGAGCUCACCUUGCUUGAGAACCUUGAUUGUACGAUGCAGCUUCUGUUUUCAGCUUGCCAUGGGGAUGUGCAUGGUGUGGAGGAGCUUCUUCAGGAGGGGGUUUGAUGUGAAUAGUAUCAAUCUUGAUGGGCGGACUGUGCUGUAUAUUGCGGCGUGGGAGGAGCAUUGGGAGGUCGUCAGGUUGUUGGUUCGAUGGAGAGCUAACAUCGAUGCCAGAUAUCGGUGGGGAAGCACGCUUCAAUCACUCAUCAACAAAAUCAUCACAAAUUUUACAUGCAUUCACUCCAUCAUGGACAGGCAAGCCAGGAUUUUCAAAGAAACAAGCAGAUUUGUUCUUCCCUCCCGAUUUUGCAGAUAACUUUCCAAUAGGCAAGCAGAAGCUUCAACAAUUGGUGGGUUGUAUGUUAUUAAAAGAAGAGGGCAGGCUCUUCUUGGACAAUUAAUGAAGCAACUCUAGUGCCUU